AUGAGCUGGAGAAACCCUCCCCACAAGGCCAGAUCCCUCCGGGAUCGGCCAGUGGAAAGGGUGGGCCGAGAGGGGAGGGAGGAUGGGCGUCCAGGCUUCGGUGCUGUAGGACUUAGCCUAGGAAGGAUUCCGGAAUGGAUAAAGAAAGGCCCUCCCCCUCCCUCCCCUGCUGUCCGCUUGGCCGUUGUCGGAAGAGGGUCUGAGCUGACCUCGACGGUCGGGCGGACAGAACGGGCAGGACGGGCAGGACGCACCGCAGGGUUACCGCUCCGUUCCCAGGGGACUUAUCCCACCUUCCCGACAUCCGCUAACAAUACAUAUACUAGCUCGUGGGUAGGUACCUACCUAGCGGCCUUCUACGCAGUUGACAGGGUAGUUCGACCAGAGACAGAGAGACAGAGGGGACCAUCAUCAUCUAACCCUAUCGGCCAAAUUCAGCUCAGUCACCAAGAACGAGAUCCUUCUCUCGUCUACUGUAUACUGGACUCGUCUGUGUGUGCUGCGUUGGACAAGCAAGGUUUCCGAAUCAGUUUCCCUCUCAUGGAUUCCCCUACCCACCAACCAUGCGUCUCGCGGUUCAGGCUGACCAACGGCCUGAAAGGCUCUUGGGAUUAAGCACUCCAUCGCUGAGUUCUAUAUCCAAGAAACGCGAAAAGAAAUCCCUACCUUGCCAUUGCUGGGUCACUCACAAAUCCCGAAGCCUCCUCACUUCAACAGUCUAUAUGUCCCAUGAAACAGAGAGCAGUAGUAGUAUUGGCAGUAUGGUUGGCACGUGCUGGUCCAAACAGUGGCCCGGUCUUAGCCAGCUUCGAAGAGUAAGAUGGAUGUGAUUCAGAGGGAG